AUGAAAUAUUUCUCUGGGCUUAUUUACUUUUUUAUUUCGAUAGGGUCUAACACUGAAAGGAGAAAAUCAUAAGUGGAUUAUGGUAAUAUGGGGGUGAUUGUCUACUAUUUAAUAUAAUUGCUUGGUUAAGUUUUUAGUUAAUUUGAAAGCAAAUCCAUAGUUUUUUUUGAGAAUGAUUAUUUGGCUAAAAUAGGAUAAUAUUCUUCAAUCCCAUUUACCAUGAUAGUCAUUCAUUAUGAUCCAAUUACAAAAAAUUAUGUAUUAUUGUAUUUUUGGGGCAAUAUAUUCCAUUUAUGCAAUAAUAAUUUUGUAAAUUACAUUUAAAGUAUUAUCAUCAUUGUAUUAUAGCAACUAUCAACAAAUAGUUUUGUUAAUAGAUUUAUAAGAUUUUAUUUUAAGAACUUUUGAUGGUACUUCUUAACACCAUUUCAUGA